AGCAGCACGCGAGCCACGCGAUCUUCCACCCGGAGGACACGAUCUUCGACUUCCACCUCGACUUCGUCCACGGCGGCGGCAGCAACAGCAACAGCAGCAAACCCGACCGCGGCACAGCCGCCGCCCCCGGCCCCUCAGGUCUCCGCUGCCGCGGUGCACCGCAAGGCUUUCAAAAACAUGGAACCGCCCGUCGUGUCGUUUUACGGCACCGAGCCCAUCGCCCUGCCCCCGCGCUUCGCCAGCGUCAAGAAGCGAUUGAUCGCCGGCCACGAGGAUGCCGUCGAGGCGUCGUGGCACCGCCUGUUGGCCGCCCUCAGGGAAGAGAUCGCCGACAUCCAGAAGCGCGGUUCCGACCUCAUCCCCACCAUCAAUUACGCCGACAUCAACGAUCCCGUGCGCGUCGACGCCUUCGCCCACCGCCUCCGACGUUAUGGCGUGGCCGUGAUCCGCGGCGUCGUGCCGGCCAACGAGGCCGAGACGUGGGUGCGCGAGACGCACGACUACCUGGACAAGAACCGCGACUUCAAACCCCCCGCGCUGCACGACCCGACCUGCAUCGACCUCUUCUGGACCCCCGUCCAGGUGCGGGCGCGCGCCCACCCCAACGUGCUGCGGGCGCAAAAAUUCGCCAUGUCCUUCUGGGAGUCGACCGACGACCUGCACAUCGCGCGCCGCCCCAUCAGCUACGCCGACCGCCUGCGCAUCCACAACGACCGGCUCGGCGCCGUCGGCCAGCAGAACGGCAACUCGGCCGCCGACUCGCUCAGCGCCAGCGCCUCGUCGACCGUCAUCGCGCAGAUCGACUCGGGCAGCCUCGAGCGCUGGGAACCCGACGGCUACGGCCGCGGCGGCGGCACCUACGAGCCCAUCUUCCGCGGCGACUGGGAGUCGUACGACCCGUGGGACCCGUCCGGCCGCGUCAGCGCCACCACCGACCUCUACAACGGCGCCGGCGCCUGCAGCAUCUUCCGCAUGUUCCAGGGCAUCCUGGCCCUGACCAGCGUCGAGCAGGGCAUGGUGCGCGUGCUGCCGUCGCCCAAGCUGGUGGCCGCCUACUUCCUCCUCCGGCCCUUCUUCUCGCCCAGGCGCGGCCCGCCCGAGCAGCCCGACGGCGGCAAGGCCGACCAGUGGGAGGCCUACCUCGACGCCUCCAACUGGGCCCUCGACCGCGAGCCCACCACCGUCAUCCACGGCGCCGUGCCGGGCCACGCCCAGCGCAUCACCGAGCGUUGGCACCCGCACCUGCACAUGCGCCGCAGCCUCGUGUCGCUGCCGAGCCUGCAGGCCGGCGACUACGUCAUCUGGCACUGCGACGAGGCCUACUCCAUCAUCAGCGGCGGCACCCGCCUGGGCGUGCCGCCGUCGAUGCAGACCGGGUCGUCCAACGAGCUCUCCCUGCUGACCUACCUCCCCGUGUCGCCCCUGACGCAGACGAACGCGCUGUUCCUCGCCCGCCAGCGCAAGGCCUUCCAGACCGGCCAGCCGGGUCCCGAUUUCGACACCCUCGCCGGCCUGGGGCACGAGGCGUCGCACAUGGACCGGCCGGACGCGAAGACGAUCGAGGCGUAUGGUGGUGUCGACGGCCUGCGGGCUAUGGGGUUGGCGCCUUGGGACGUCGACCCGGCUGAUCCGGCGCCGCCGCCGCAAAGUGCCAGCAGCAACAAUAACAACAACAACAACAACGACAACAACCCGGAUGCGAUGGACGCCGACUCGGAGACGGAGCUUCUGCGCCUGGCGAACAUCAUCCUGUUUCCGAGCCGGUAUGACUUUUACAUUCCCAACGGGGGUCGCGGGUUGAGCGGGAGCGGAGAUCGCACCCCGCGCGCUGGGCUUGGGACCAUGAACGCGGUGAAUGGGAAUGGCAGUGGCCACAGUACCGUCAACGGAAUCGGUCACGGAAUCGGUCACGGCAACGGCAACGGAAACGGCAACGACAGUGAAAACGGCCUGAAGAGCCCCCCCGCCACCACCACCGCCACCAUCCCCGGCCCGUCCCACCCGAUACCCAAAACGACGCUCGCGUCGGGCGUGCCGAGGGCGGCGGCCACGAACGGGGCAAAGACCUGA